AUGCCAAAGUGGUUAUUUUACGGGGCAUGUUGUGUUCUCUUAAUCUCUGUUCUCGCACUUGACGAGCCAGACAGAAAUUUAAAUGGAAACAGCCUUAACUCCCAUGGAUACGACAACUCGAAAAGUGAUGAGCCCGGCGUUAAGUUGCCCAGUGAAGUGCAGAGGGCAGUUUGCACCGUAAAUGCCGGUGAGGUCAAGGCAUCGGCGGAGGCAGUGACAACCAAGACCCUUAAGGGAGUCUGUGGAUCGGAUGAGAUGAAUUUGGCCUUUCGAAAUCUCGAAGAGAAACUCUACGUAGAGUUGCGUGAAAUAAAAGAAUUACUCAGGAAACUGACAGAUAAGCAGGAUGAAGAGGACAGCAACUCAAUUCCAAUUGUUCCACUAACCAUAAGUAAGCCUGCCACUAUAAAACGGCUCAAAUUUGAACAGAUCACCAUGAAACCAAGCCAAGACAUCAAUUUGAAGAAGCAGCCUCAGCUGAAGCAACUUGAAAAUGCUCCAGAGCGGGAGGAAGAGGUUGACAAAUUUAACAACACGAUGCUGUCCGAUCAGGACAUUAAAUUAUUUACCUAUUAUUGGAAAUUAGAGAACAUAACGGAGCACAUUGCCAAUGCCUCGACCAUGUCCAUCAAGAGUCCCAUAUUUAGCAUUAGAGGUCGGACUGUGCAGUUAAGGUGCACAUUUCAGCAUUUGCAUCGGGAGAUGAUCAACUUGCAGUUGACAUUGGCGUAUCCGUCUAACGAUCAUGGCAACGGAAAGGAGAACAACAUUAUACUGGAUAUGGGUGGGCAAUUCAAGCAUUUAAAAUGGGCCGAACAUGAGACAUUUAAGCACAAGAUUGCACUAUUGGAUCAGAGUCAAAGUCAUCGACGCACACAAGAUCUUAGCUCGCAGGAACUGACCAAACUGGAUAUGGGAUUUUCAAUACCAAAUAGUGCACUUAUUGGUAGCAAUUAUGUGAGGCACAACUCGCUUCUAAUACAAGUUAUAUUAUAUUUGUGAAGGGUUCAAUAAUCAAUUGUUAUUAAUAAAAUUAAAGAAA